AGUAACCAAACCAGUACCAGAAAAUACGUUAGCUUCGAAGAAUCAGUCUCAGAAACAAGAAAAGAGUUAAAAGAGCUGUUCAAUAAUUCCUUCAUAACUGAUAUAGAGAGGGAGAGGAGUAACCAGUACCAGAAAAGUUAGUUGGUGAUACGUUAGCUUCGAAGAAUCAGUCUCAGAAACAAGAAAAGAGUUAAAAGAGCUGUUCAAUAAUUCCUUCAUAACUGAUAUAGAGAGGGAGAGGAGACAAACUGCUUUGAUGGAACAUAAUAGAGAGGUUGAAAUUGAUGGGAAUUCAAAUCCAAUUCAAAUAUCUCGCUUGGCCCUCGAUAUUGGAGGAUCUCUAAUCAAGUUGGUGUUUUUCUCGAGAAAUUCUGGGGAUGAUGAGGACCCACCAAAGGAUUUAGUUGGAGUUUCCAGUGGUGUUAAUGGAAGGCUUCACUUUGCCAAGUUUGAGACAGCCAAGAUCAAUGAUUGCUUACAGUUUAUUAGUGCCAACAAACUUCUCCUUGGUGGUGGUUUCCAGCCUCAAGAAAAUUGUACCAAUGACAGGAGCUUUAUUAAGGCCACAGGUGGUGGGGCAUACAAGUUCUCUGAACUUUUCAAAGAAAAGCUUGGCAUUAGUCUUGAGAAGGAAGAUGAGAUGGAUUGUCUUGUGAAGGGAGCAAAUUUUUUGCUUAAGGCAGUCAAUCAGGAAGCUUUUACAUACUUGAAUGGCUCGAAGGAAUUUGUGCAGAUUGACCAUAAUGAUUUGUAUCCAUAUCUACUUGUUAAUAUUGGAUCUGGAGUUAGCAUGAUCAAGGUGGAUGGAGAUGGAAAAUUUGAGCGAGUUAGUGGAACAAGUGUUGGUGGUGGCACUUUUUGGGGUUUGGGAAAGUUAUUAACAAAAUCCCAGAGUUUUGAUGAGUUGCUGGAAUUGAGUCAUCGGGGAGAUAACAGAGCUAUAGACACACUUGUUGGGGAUAUCUAUGGUGGGAUGGAUUAUUUAAAGAUUGGUCUCUCAUCUACAACUAUUGCUUCUAGCUUUGGGAAGGCAACUUCUCACAAUAAAGAACUCGAAGAUUAUAAACCUGAGGAUAUUUCCCGGUCUCUUCUAAGAAUGAUUUCCAAUAAUAUUGGACAGAUCUCUUACUUAAACGCACUUCGAUUUGGGCUCAAGCGCAUAAUUUUUGGAGGAUUUUUCAUCCGGAGUCACUCUUAUACUAUGGACACCAUCGCCGUUGCAGUUCACUUCUGGUCUAAAGGUGAGGCAAAAGCAAUGUUUUUGCGGCACGAAGGAUUUCUUGGAGCUCUAGGAGCAUUCAUGAGCUAUGAAACGCACAGCCUUGAUGAUUUGGUGGUUAAUCAAAUGAUGCCGCUCCCAGUGAAUGCAUCCCUGGGCACGGAUACAAAUUAUGAUCCACUGAAGGGGGAUUUAAAUGGGACCGAGAGCAUACAAUGCAGUGUCUAUCGAGCUUAGAUGUGGCUGUAACUUCCCUUCAUGUGCUUUGGUGUGACGGAAGUUUGUUUGUACCACCGGAAAUACUACAGGCCGAGGAAGUUCACAGACACUAGUGUAACAUGGUGAAAACAUCCUAGGACCAAUAAGUUUUAUAGAAAUAAUUUAGCACCUGUAGCCUAAAAGCAUCAGUGAAACGUUAAAAGAGAGUGACAGGUCAAAGUAAUGCUUGUUGCUUUCCCAGAUUAUUCAUGUAAUAUGUUCUCUUUAGCCUCUGUUGUAAUUUACAAAACUGAAAUCUGUAACUUCAUCCUUCAAUAAAAUCAAUUCGCGGAUCAAAUUUAACA